AUGUGCAAAACUUGGCUUGGCUGCUUUGUUAUCAACACCUCUUUAUCUAUCGCCCUUGGGAAUCCUCCCUCAGUGAAGAGCGCUCUUGACCUCAGCACGAUCAAUUCCAUCCUCCGCAAACAGCAAGUUCCACCAAGACUGGCCAUUGAUGCCCAUAUCCAACAAUGCAUGGCCAAAUACCACGACUCCUUGGUCGGAGAAGUGGGAGUCUCGGUUCGAGAGACCCUAGUGCAGAUGUGUGAACAAGACUUGAAUGCUCUCACGGAUCGCUUUAACAAUUAUAUUGACAAUCACGCCGCUUUCAAUUUCCAUGUCGCAAAGCUACAUCUGUAUACGUUGGCAUUGGUCAGAGAGAAACAGCAGUCGAAACAGUAUGACCAUCUUGAGCUCGGGAAUCAUAGUGUGAGAUGUCAACAACUCGGCAUGGCAGCUGCUCAUCGCGUUAUCGACAUUUACUGCAACGAUCUAGAGGGAGCCGGGGCGAAAAGGGCGCCUGAUAGCCGCCUGAUUGGUCCUCAUCGGGCAUUACCCAAACAAUUCUUUGUGGGCGUCUUGCUGGCAACCUUCUUUCUUCUCAGAUACUUCGUGCUCAAUCCCGCCUCCGAUGCUGAACAAAUUGCUACGUCUCGAAACAAGGUGCUGAUGGUACAUGCCAAGCUCCGUCAGUUCACGUCGCACCAGCUGGCUGAGCCUGGUCGAGCAGCUACGGUGAUAGAAGUUCUUUCUCGACACGGUGAUGCGCAGAGGGCAGACCCUAGUGAAGACAUUGAAGACCGUGGUGUGGCUUCCAUCGUAUGGAAUGCUCUCAUUUCUGCAGCAGACAUUCGUGGAAGGCGGAAUCUGCGGACGGAGUGGCUGGAGAAAAUCAACCCUUCUUCGCCUGCCCUAAGAACUGACAAUCGAUCCUCCAGGAGCCCCGAUCUCAACGUUCAAGAAAAUCCCGAUUUGGGAUUCGUGGACCUCGAGUACCCACUACCUGAUAGCGUUUGGGAUCAGUCAUUUUUGCAGAUGCUAGAUUUCACUGCUUACGACUUUAAUGAUAUCGGCGCAUAA